UUAUGGCGGACGAUGGCGAGCAGCCCAUUCCUGUGCAGACAGUGGAAGAACCACUUGAUCUGGUUCGUCUCAGUUUAGAUGAAAGAAUUUAUGUGAAAAUGAGAAAUGACAGAGAACUCCGAGGGAGACUACAUGCUUAUGAUCAGCAUUUGAAUAUGGUGCUUGGAGAUGUAGAAGAAACAGUGACAACUGUUGAGAUAGAUGAAGAAACAUAUGAAGAGAUAUAUAAGUCCACAAAGAGAAACAUCCCAAUGCUGUUUGUUCGAGGAGAUGGUGUGAUUCUAGUCUCCCCUCCAAUGAGGACAGGGACUUAAAGCAUACAUUUCAUCUUUUACCACGGACAACUUGUCCUACACUGUGGAUCAGUUAAAACUUUUCAUUCAUGUAAACACAUCAUUUCCUUUCUUUGCCAACUUUUAUGUUAUUUGAAAUAAAUCAUUUUAGUUACUGAAAA